AUGGUUACUGCUGAAAGAAAUGGGUAUGGCCCGUACAGAUUUUUUUGGAAAGCUCUAUGGAAGCUUCAUACAUUACCGAAGAUUCGUGUCUUUACUUGGCGUGCAGGGCAUGAAAUCCUCCCGACGAACGAAAAGAUUGCAUCUAUUAGACAAGAUUUUGACAAGGGAUGCCCAAGGUGUGGAGCUAAAAUCGAGACUCUACUACAUGCGUUAAAAGACUACCCGACAUCUCAUGCGGUUCUCUCUUUAGGUGGAUGGUCCAAAAACACUAUUUUGAAGAAGUAUGAUCACUGUAUUGACUGGUUGGAAGACAUGAUGAGGGUGCUUGACAAGAAAGCAAUGGCUGAUCUCAUGGCGAUUUUAUGGAACUAUUGGAACAAUAGAAACAAUUUCGUCUUCAGGGAAAAAGAAGAGGAGGCGAAGAUAAUUUGGGAAAGAGCUAGCACCUUGAAUAAUGAGUUUUGGAUACGCAACUUUAUAAAUGAGCCUCUUCUUUCACAAAAUAGCGCAGGCAUGAAGUGGGAAAAACCUCCAAAGGGCUUCACAAAAAUUAACUUUGAUGCUAUAGUGGGUGAAAAUGGAUUUGGGUAUGGGGCAAUUGCUAGAGAUGAUGAGGGCUUUGUUUUAGGAGGUGGUGGGGGCUUUAUAGGGUCAAGGUUGUCGGUGGAAGAGACUGAGUGCGUGGCUUUGGAAGAAAGCAUUAAAAUUGCAUGCAAAUUGAAAAUAAAUGAGCGUGUAAUCUUUAAGACGAAUCACGUGGGACUGGUUAAUAGGAGAAGGAAUUUAGCUUCUGACGUCACCUUAAUAGGCGCGCGUAUUAAGACAUGCAUAACUGAGUUCAGCAACUUUAAUUCAGCCAAAUUAACUUGGACCAGAUGA